GAUUUUAGGAGGUUCGCAGCUCUCUGCGAAGGUCGGAGUACCGGUUCCCAGUGGUAAGAGACCUCUUCCGAAAUGCUCAGAGCUGUGUUUUCUCGAAGCCUUCCACGCGUGAAGGUGGUAUCGGCGUGCCACUACUCCGCUGCGGCUAUACCUGCACCCACCACCCAACCCGAGAUUCACUUUAAUAAGCUUUUCAUCAAUAACCAGUGGCAGGACGCAGCAAGUGGGAAAACAUUUCCUACUGUAAACCCAGCGACAGGGGAGAUCAUCUGUCAUGUGGCUGAGGCCAACGAGGUGGAUGUCGACAAGGCAGUGAAAGCGGCACGUGAUGCCUUCCGGUUGGGGUCGCCAUGGAGACGGAUGGAUGCCUCCCAAAGAGGCCUGCUUCUCAGCCGGUUGGCAGACGCAAUUGAGAGGGAUUCCGCCUACCUUGCUGAACUGGAGACCCUCGACAAUGGGAAGCCAUAUGCGGUUUCCUACACAGUGGAUCUGCCCAAUGUUGUCAAAUGUCUCAGGUACUACGCAGGCUGGGCUGACAAAUGGGAGGGAAAGACCAUCCCCAUUGAUGGAGAUUAUUUCUGCUACACCAGACAUGAACCCAUAGGAGUCUGUGGACAAAUCAUACCGUGGAACUUCCCUCUCUUGAUGCAGGCGUGGAAACUUGGCCCCGCUCUUGCAACCGGUAACACUGUGGUGAUGAAAGUCGCUGAGCAGACUCCGCUUACCGCUCUCUACGUAGCCAACCUGAUAAAAGAGGUGGGUUUUCCAGACGGUGUGGUGAAUAUUUUGCCUGGCAUGGGGCCCUCAGCUGGCGCUGCCAUAGCGCGACACAUGGACGUUGACAAAGUGGCCUUCACAGGAUCGACUGAGGUUGGUCAUCUCAUCCAGCAGGCUUCUGGCAACAGUAACCUGAAGAAGGUCACUCUGGAGCUUGGAGGAAAAAGUCCCAACAUCAUCCUGUCCGACGCAAAAAUGGAGGAGGCCGUGGAGCAGGCGCACUUUGCUUUGUUUUUCAACCAGGGCCAGUGCUGUUGCGCUGGCUCCCGGACGUACGUCCAAGCCGAUAUCUACGACGAGUUUUUAGAACGCAGUGCGGAAAGAGCUAAGAACCGAGUGGUGGGCAACCCCUUUGACUUGAAGACUGAGCAGGGACCCCAGGUGGAUGAGGAGCAGUUCAAUAAGAUUUUGGGAUACAUCAGCACCGGGAAAAAAGAGGGAGCCAAACUCAUGUGUGGCGGCAGUGUGGCUGCUGACAAGGGAUAUUUCAUCCAACCUACGGUGUUUGGAAACGUUGAGGACAACAUGACCAUUGCCAGAGAAGAGAUCUUUGGUCCGGUAAUGCAGAUCUUAAAGUUCAAGACACUUGAGGAGGUGGUCGAGAGAGCCAAUGAUUCUAAAUAUGGUUUGGCUGCUGCUGUGUUCACCAAGGACAUUGAUAAGGCCAACUACGUUGCCAAUGCACUCCGUGCUGGCACAGUCUGGAUUAACUGUUAUGACGUGUUUGGGGCCCAGGCUCCGUUUGGAGGAUACAAGGCUUCAGGAAAUGGCAGAGAGUUGGGAGAAUACGGCCUGGACAACUACACUGAAGUCAAAACGGUGACCAUGAAAGUACCGCAGAAGAAUUCGUAAACAACCAGCUGAUGCAUUUUUCCAGUGAUCGGUCUAGCUACAAUGAUUUCAUUUCAUAAUUACAGAGAUUACAUGGUUUCAAUAAUGACUUUUUAUACCUUUUGAUAUUUCACAUUUAAGGGAUUUGAAAGAUGCAGGUAGCUAUCCUGGGAAUCACUUUUUCACAUUUUGAUUGAU